ACCUGUUCUUUCCUUCCUCCGACCGUCUCUCUCUCUCUGUCGCUCUAAGCAUUCAUUACCUCUCUCUCUCUUGAGCCUCAAUAGACCGCAUCGUGUUGAUCGGAGCUCUGCUGAAUCGAUGCCCUGCUCUUGACUUCCAAUCACUGGUCCCGACGGUUGCGAUUCGAUUGGCUCAGCCCCAAUUUCGGUUCAUCAGCUCCGACCAGUCUUUGUCCUGGGGCGAAAUUCAUCUCGUAGAUUUCUGAUUCAGUGUUCUCGGAGGCCAUGGAUUCGAGCAGGAGGGCCGUGGAGUCGUACUGGAGGUCGAGGAUGAUCGACGGGGCGACCUCCAACGAGGACAAGGUCGCGCCUGUCUACAAGUUUGAGGAGAUUUGCGAGCUCUUGAGGUCCUCCGACGUCAGUAUUGUCAAAGAGGUCUCGGAGUUUGUCCUCAAACGGCUUGAUCACAAGAGCCCCAUUGUCAAGCACAAGGCUCUUAGGUUAAUCAAGUAUUGUGUUGGAAAAUCUGGUGUGGAUUUCCAGAGGGAGAUGCAGAGACACUCUGUCGCUGUUCGGCAGUUGCUCCACUAUAGGGGCCAGCCAGAUCCUCUAAAAGGGGAUGCCCUCAACAAAGCAGUAAGAGACUCUGCCCAAGAAGCCAUUGCUGCUAUCUUCGGGGAACAGGAUAGUAGACCUGCACCAGCAGAAAAUCUCAGCAGAAGAAUUGAAGGUUUUGGGAAUACAAACUUUCAUAUGCCCACAGAAGAUAAGAAAUCAUUCCUUAGCGAGGUAGUUGUUCUAGGGAGUGCAUCUAUUAAGCAGGGCCUCAGCAGCUUCACACAAGGUCACUCGUUUAGGAAUAACGACAAUGGAAGCUACAGGGGUCCAAAUCUUCAGAGAUCUUUGACUGUGGGAAAAGAGUACUCUGAUAGGUACGUGCCAGUGGAAAUCCCCAAUGAAAAUCAGAGUGGUUUUGGGACUUCAAGGAAUGUGAGUACUGGUUCAUGGAAUUCAGAGGCGAGGGUUGUGCAGAUGGAAACAAGUAAUGGAGAAUCCAAUUCAAAUCACCCUGAGAGUAAGACCCGUGAGGAGCGAUUGUUGGACACUAUUGUUACAUCUGGCGGUGUGCGUCUGCAACCCACCCGAGAUGCCAUUCAGGUUUUCCUGAUGGAAGCUGCAAAGUUGGAAGCUCUGGCUUUAAGUCGAGCUCUUGAAUCGAAGCUGCAGUUGCCACAGUGGCAGGUGCGCAUGAAAGCUGUCUGUGUCCUGGAUUCGAUCAUUAGGAAGAAGGAUGAUGAACCAUUCUCUAUUAUAGCUUCUUAUUUUAGUGACAACAAAGAUACUCUUGUCAGAUGUUCUGAGUCUCCACAAGCAUCUCUAAGGGAAAAGGCUUACAAGGUCCUAAGUCUUCUGGGCGGGGAGCAAGCAAGCAGUAUAGGAGGCAAUGGGGUGAAGCCAUUGAAGGCUGAGAAAGAUUUUGUCGAGAUGCCUAACCUUAUAGAUACUGGUGAUUCAGAUUCAGAUAAUAUCUUUGGAACAGAUGAUUCUGCAAAGAAAAUAAUCGAUCAGAAUGCUGAAAACCCUACAACUCAUAGUCCACUUAUUGAUGAUUUGUUUGGAGGUGGUGUGGACUUUAGUACAGGCCCAAGUCUUCUGCAGAAUGAUGAUGACCCAUUUGCUGAUGUCUCAUUCCACACCAACGAGGGUAGGGACCAUGCUGAUGAUAUAUUCAAUGGCAUGAAUGUCAGUGAAAGUCAAGGCGCAGCCGUGGAUCGAGUUACAACAAAUACUAAUGGGAUCGAGUUAUUUGAUUCUUUCGGGUCCAGUCCCAAAGUUCCUUUAGGGCAGGAAGUUCGUAAAGAUGAUGUCACUGAUCUGAUAGCUGGACUGUCAAUCAAUGAAGAUGCUUCUAAGACCAACACCCAAAAUGGAACCUCAAUUUUGGAGAAGUAUCCGGCCAAUCAAGUAUCCAAUGAUGCUAUAAGCAACCUGCUUGGCUCUCAAGCAUCAGGGAUUGGUGCAAACGGUACAAGUUUCAUACCCAGUAAUUUACUCCCCGGGAUGAUGUUAAAUCCCGCUUUUGUCCCUCAGGCAAUGAAUUAUGGGCCGAUGGGGAAUUUCUUUAAUCAGCAGCAACUUUUGGCAACGAUGGCCCACUUCCAAAAUCUUGGGAAUCUAACUGCACAGAAUGUAAGCGCCAGUCAAGCUACUGGAAAUUUAGAUGGUUAUGCAUCACCUUUUCCUGAUAUAUUCCAGUCGAACUUCCCGAAUCAGACUCCUACUUCAACGAUGAACAAUUUGAAGAAGGAAGAUACCAAAGCUUUCGAUUUUAUUUCCGACCAUCUCGCCUCAGCUCGUGAUCCAAAGAGGGUGCUUUGAGUCCACUGAACUGCAUGCACCUUUUACUCCCUUAUUUAUGGCCUUUUUAGCUGGAAAGAUCUGCUCUUACUGAUGAGAUGGGUGAAUAAUUUCUGAAUAUUACUGUUCAACCAUCCAAGGAGAUGGGUCCAAGAAUACGUGGUAAGUUCAAGGAUAUGAACUAAGGUCCAUGAGGUUGUCAAAGUGCUCGUGCAGAAAUCGCUAUAGUACGGCAUUAGGGUCAGCGGCGGGAGCAGGAUAGAACUCCCAUGGAAUAGAAGCAACCCUCGAAUCCUCUGCACGUGGAAUGCAGUGUGGUCGAGUGUGCCCUCAUUCCUCGGCUACGAGACCAGUGACACAUAAACGGCAAUUUUUGUUUUCUAUUCCUUUUUCUCUUUAUAGUUUGUCCGUCCCCUUCUUUAGGAAAAAAGAACACACAGAGAGGUAUGUUGUGUAAUUGGACAUAGUAGUGAUCAAUAAAAGAAUUCUCGAUGUAUUCCGAACCAAA